UGAAUCAAAACAAUGGCCGAUUGGAGCUAGCUAACGUUACGUUAAAAAAAAACAGGAAUUCUAGUUUCAACUGUAGAUAAACAGGUGUGCGUUAUUUUUUAAGACAAUAUCAGUGUUAUGAGAAAAUGAUUCACUAGGUGUACUUUACGAGCAAGAAGCUAGCUGUUUGCGGCCUGCUUUGAGCGUCGCCAUGAGUGAUGUUGUCGAGAAGACUCUGUCUGCUCUCCCGAGCCUCCUUUCGCUAGACUCGCAGGCAGGAGCUGGGAAACUUUCCCCCUCCUCCAAAUUAGGGAAUCUGAUCAAAGGAAUCACUGAACUGACAUCCAAACAUGAGGAGGAAAAGCUUAUUAAAAAGGAACUGGCGUCUAUCAAGGAGCAGGUAGCAUCUCCCAACACCACCAUGCGUCAGAUGAAGGAAAUAAUGGUGAGAGCCAUCUACUGUGAGAUGCUGGGUUACCAGGCGUCCUUCAGUUACAUUCACGCCAUCAAGCUGGCCCAGCAGGGCAGUGUCCUGGAGAAGAGAGUGGGUUACCUUGCUGUAUCCUUGUUCCUUAAUGAAACUGAUGAGUUUCUGCUACUCCUGGUGAACACAGUCUUAAAGGAUCUGCAGAGUACCAACCUGAUCGAGGUGUGCAUGGCUCUAACUGUCGUCAGUCAGAUGUUUCCCAAAGAUAUGAUACCUGCCAUCCUACCGGUGGUGGAGGAGAAACUCACACAUCCAAAGGAGAUCAUCCGGAGGAAAGCAGUCCUGGCUCUGUACAAGUUCUACCUGAUCGCACCGAACCAGGUGCAGCACAUCCACAGCAAGUUUAGGAAGGCCCUGUGUGACAAAGACCCUGGAGUCAUGACAGCCUCUCUACACAUCUACCUACAGCUCAUCAAGGAGAGCCCAGAGAGUUAUAAGGAUCUGACCGGGAGCAUGGUAACCAUCCUGAGGCAGGUGGUAGGAGGUAAACUCCCCCUGGACUUCAACUACCACAGUGUUCCUGCUCCCUGGCUUCAGAUACAGCUGCUCAGAAUACUGGCCUACCUGGGGAAGGAAGACCAGGGCACUAGUGAGGUGAUGUAUGAUGUACUGGAGGAGUCGUUAAGAAGAGCAGAGAUGAAUCACAACAUUACUUACGCCAUUUUAUUUGAGUGUGUGAAGACCAUCUAUACAGUUCAUCCUAAAUCACAACUGUUGGAGAAAGCAGCGGAAUGCAUCGGGAACUUUGUCCUAUCGCCUAAGAUCAACCUCAAAUAUCUGGGUCUGAAGGCUCUGACGUACGUGGUGCAGCAGGAUGCUAACCUGGCCCUGCCUCACCAGAUGACCAUCAUAGAGUGUCUGGACCACUCUGACGUCAUCAUUAAGCGAGAGACACUGGAGUUACUCUUCCGCAUCACCAAUGCCCAGAACGUUACAGUGAUCGUCGAGAAGAUGCUUGAGUUUCUCAGGCUGACCUGUGACGACUACAGCACUAUAGACCUCGUGGGGAAAGUAGCAGAACUAGCUGAAAAGUAUGCCCCAGACCAUGUCUGGUUCAUCCAGACUAUGAACUCUGUGUUCUCUCUGGGGGGAGACGUGAUGCAGCCUGACAUCCCUAACAACUUCCUUAGACUACUGGCUGAAGGUGUUGAUAAUGUGGAGGACAAGCAGCUGAGGAUAUUUGCUGUGGACUCCUAUGUGUCCUUGCUACAGGGGGAGACGGCCAAGCUGCCCCAACGCUUCCUACAGGUCAUCAGCUGGGUGCUGGGUGAGUAUUCCUACCUGAGAGAGGAGGACUUAGACCCAGGCAGCGUGAUGAGACUGCUGGCCAGACUACUGGACCAGAGACACACCUCCACUGAGACCAGGAGCUGGGUACUGGGGGCCAUGACCAAGCUGUGCUCUAGCCCAGUGUCUGUGGCCCUGGCCAGGGAUGUGUGUGAGAGGUACUCUGGGUCUCUGAAUACGGUGCUCCGGCAGAGGGCCCAGGAACUGAUGAUCCUUAGCCAGGAUACAAAGCUCCGAGCCCGGGUACUGCCAGCCGAGGGCAAGCUAGAAACCCUGGAGGUAGACUCGUCCCUGUCCUUCCUGGAUGGCUAUGUGUCUGAGGCGUUGGCUGCUGGGGCAGCUCCGUACAAAUCUCCUCAUCAGAGGCAGGAGGACCUGGUCCAGGAGAAAGCUCUGAGCCUGGAGCCCUAUGGUCUGUCCCUGCCGGUCAGUCUGUCGUCCUGCAGCAUCACAGACAGACUGACAGACAGACGGUCUCCUACUCUGCUCUCUAUGAGCUCAGGCCUGUCUGGAAUUAGCACUGAGCUAUCUCACCAAGAAGGAAGACCCAGGUUAGUAUCCCAAUGUUAUUUCAGCUCUACCACUCUGAAGUUGGACGGGGUGAAGAGGGUGUGGGGGAAGGACGGGUACCUGGCCCAGCAGCAGAGUGCAGGAGAGACCCCAACCUCCCUAGUGGAGCUGCCCAGUCCCCUGCUGUCCCCUCAGAGCCCACCCUCCCAGACACAGAAACCCUCCUCUGGACCUGAGCCUGACCAGGAGAAACGGCAGCUGGCCUCGUCGCUCUUUGUUGGCCUGGGGUCCCACAACUCUGUGUGUCUGAUGGGCCGAGCCGAGCCGGCGCCCCGACACUUCAGAAGGAAACCCAGAGGGGAGUCAUCAGGCGCCAGCGAAGGCUCCUCUGACUCCUCCCACUCGUCUCGCAGCGCUGCCAUUGACAACCUUCUGCUUAGCAACCUACUGGACUCGACCACUGUGGCCUCAGAGGGGGGUGCUGCUACCACCACCGCACCUCAACAGAUCUCCCAGAGAACGCUGGACCAUACCACUAGCAACGGUAGCCCCCAUGUAGAGGAGACGGAGCAGAGAGUAGAGGCAGGAGGACCUCUCUCUCUGAUCAGGGGAAAUAGCAUGGUGGCUGUUGUACCGCCUACAUACACACAGACAGACCCACAAACACAACAAGAUCUACACCCAGCUCCAGCCCUAGAUAUAACCAGGGACCUCCCUCUCACCUCCCACUUGCCAGCAGAGCUCUCUGGGCUGGCCCGCUCUGAGUUCACCCCCCUCUGCUCGGAGCAGGACUCCAGCCUGGCUCUGUCAGCCUGUAGAGUGUAUAAAGAGGAUGCCUUAGUGUUGCUGGUCUUCAUUUCCAACAACACUGACUCAGCGCUCCACCAGAUGGCGCUGCAGCUCACCUGCAAGGAACUGGAGAUCUCCUGUAUCUCAGGUAGUCCGUUAAAGGAGGUUAAGGGUCACAGUGUGUCGGUUUGUCUGCACACUGUUGUCAUGAAGAGAGCCUCAGUCCAGGUGGAGCUGGCUGGGUUACUGUCCUACCAGAGACCCCUGGGCCAGCCCCAGGCAGCACAGUUCUCACUGAGCCUCUCCCUGAAACACUUCCUCAGGCCGUUGACUGUGUCCACAGGGGAUUAUGGGAAAAUGUGGUUGUCUUUCUCUCAUGACUUGAAGCAGAACCUUCGACUGGUAACAACAGAACACCAAGAACCUCUGACGGCCACACUGGACGCGCUGAAGGGCAAACUACACCUCCACGUUGUCGACAUCAUAGGGUCGGAGGGCAUCGUGGCGUGCCGGCUGCUCCAGGGUCAAGGUCAGGGUCAGCCAUGUCUGCUUCACUGUCGUGUCCACGCUGACUCUCUGGCCGUGUGGCUGCGCUCCCCUGUCCCUGAGCUGCCUGACUCCCUCCUCUACCACUGUCAGAAAGCCCUGACGGAGACCUGAGCCGGGCCGUGUCUCAUUCCAGGAAGUUGUUCCCUUCCUUCUGCUUUCGUUCACCUCACUGAUCAUUUUUUUUUAAGUUAUAUGGCAGCGACUAAGGAUGCGUUUAGACAGGCAGCCCAAUUCUGAUAUUUUUUUUUCACUAAUUGGUCCAAUCCAAUCAGCACUGAAGAGAAGAGAAUUGGCCUGCCUGUCUAUUUGGUUUACACCUGCCCAGUUGUUUGUCUCAUCGGUGAAGGAGAGUCAACAAGGAUGAAGUGGAGGAAACCACUUUAUGGAAUGAAGUGCAGCCCAGCGCUCACAGGCCCCAAGCACCACCACUGAGGGGCCAACUGAAGUACAUAGAAUCUCCUCAUUGAAGCAAUCACACAGAGACAUACAGUGGAAAGCAGCUGAUGUUACGUGUCCUUGUCUUUGCAGUACAGUGUUUGCUAUAUAUUUUUCUCAACGGUGAUUUCACGUGGUUUCAUAUUUUUUAUGCUCAUGUAUUUAUUGCGUUUUUAACGGGAACAACUAAUUGUUCUUAUCGCUUCACAUAGCUCUUUGUGAAAACGUGAGCCGUGAACCUCAGAAGGAACUAGUGGAAAGCGUGCUCUGUAUUAGACACCCUCUGGAAAUAAACAAACACUUAUUAAAUGAGGAGUUCAGUUGUCUCUCAGUUCUACAAGCUUUGACUUGACUUAAUAAGCUUCCCUAUCUGUGUGAGAAGGAAGUCCAGGAAGUCUAGAAGUCAUGGGAUUCUUGGCCAUGUUUCCCAUUUUAUCUUUUACCUGAUCAUUGGUCUUAUUGGUCUCCUUGACUGUUUCUCUCUUCCUCUUCCUCCGCUCCCUCUUCCUCCUCUCUCCCUCCGCUCCCUCUUCCUCCUCUCUCCCUCUUCCCCCUCU